CAAUUAGUCCACUUUGCUUGGCUUAGGAUUUUUCUUGAGUCAUCUUAACAAAAAAAAAUGGCUUCGCUUUCUUUACUCAGCGGCGGUGGUGGUGCUGCUCUCCAGGCGCGUUGCGCAAGAAAUGCGCAUGUUAGCCCACGCAGGGCGCUUCCUAGCAAACCGUCGUUCUCACUAUCCGGCGCCUCUCGGAGGAAUCUGCUGUUUUCCCUGACGGCGGCGACGGUGGCGACAGGCUUGCAGCCUGCAUCAAUGGCGGAGGAUAUUCCGUUUUUCGGGAUCAGAAAGAAGCUGAAAAAGGCAGAAGAGGGAGCGGUGGAGAUCGUGAAAGAAGGCUUCGAGACGGCGGAGAAAGGCGUUGUUGCGGCGGAGAAAGGAUUAGAGGCGGCGGAGAGAGGAUUAGAGACGGCGGAAAAAGGAUUUAAUGCGGCGGAGAAAGAAGUCGUGACGGCGGUUAGUUACAACGGAGUAACACAGGCCGGAGCAGUCGUGGUGGCAGAGUUCGUCGGAGUUCUUGUCGGAACGUCCGUCGUCAACGGGAUUUUAGGACCCGAAAGUCAGAAACCGUAGGAUCUCCAAUUGUUUUAUGUGUAUCUAAAUUUUUGUGUUAAUUAAGCGUUAAACGUAUCAUAAACUAUACCCAGAUGAAAAAGAUCAGAAUUUUGUGGUUGAUUUCUGUUUUUAUUUGGAUUUUUGGAUUUUUAUUUUCGUUGGAAAUAACUAAAAAAUGUGUGGC